UUCCAUUUUUCCAUUUCAGGUUCUGCCCGUCAGUGUUCAUCUACCUGUCGACUAUUGUCCCGGCAAUAUGGCUCCUAGAACUGGACAAACUGGAAAAACGUACCCUCUUCCAGGACCAGGUGUUAAACGAAACAAUAAAUUUCGCCGCAACGGUUGGCAAGGAUCUGAAAGACCUGAACAAAAUGCUCGGCGUAAAAUUCCAACUGCCGGAAAUUCAACUAAAUGCAGAUACGUGGGUGACCCUUAUCGAGCAAUUUCUAAUGCUGGUGCUCAUCAUCGGGCGGUGGAUGCUACCGAAGGGAGACCUGACCCGGGACCAGCUGAGUCAGUUGCUGCUGGUUUACAUUGGAACCGCGGCCGAUAUAAUUGAGUUUUUCGAUUCGUUCAAAGAUAGCAAAAUUGCAAACGAACCGGUGCUGGUUUUGCUGACGCUGAGCAUUUGGUCCUGGAGUUUGUUGCAGUUUACGAUUGUGCUGUCGGCCACACGUGCCCGGAAGCCACGAGGAGGCGGAAGUGCUGCCUCCCAACGAGAAGAGGACACACACUGCUGUAACAUGAGCUGCUGUAACAUCGACGUGUGGGGCAUUGCGUUGAACAUUUUGCUGCAGGAUGCUCCGUUCCUCACCUUUCGGCUUUUGAUUAUCAUCCACUACAAAAUAAUUACCUAUAUGAACAUUUUCUUCACGUGUAAAAAUACAUUGGUUAUAUUACUCCAGCUCUAUCGACUAUACGUGGUCCAUUCGGAAAAUCGUAAGAUGGCAAUGAAGAAGCGACUGCAGGGUAAGAAGCGGACAUCUGGAGGGAGUGCCGGGCCCGGUCGUCAUUCGAAGCACCACAAGAAAACGAACCGAAGGAAAGUGGCCGAUUAUAGUGACGACGAGUUUCAUGAGUUGCGAAAGAUGAAACAACGCAAAGCAGCGAGUUUGUCGGCAAAAACGCGCAAAGACACCGGAUAUUCGACGGCAAGCAGUCAGACAACGGCCGAGCAAAAGCAUUUGCGCAAAAAAGCCGGAAAACGUUUGGGUGCUGAUGAGGCGGUUCACGAUGAAGUGGCACUGGAAACGGAAACGGCGCGACGGGGCGGAAAGAAAGGAAGCCACUCAAGAAAGCUAAUGACCAGCAGUCAGGAUUAUGAAGUGGACGGUGACGGUUUGGAGGAGUUGGAAAACGACCGGAAGUGGUCACGCAAUCGUAAGGAGGGAGGCAGAAGCGACGACAGAAAAAAGCAACACUCAAGUGGACGCAAAAGUCGCCACCAUAAGAAGAAAUUGUCCGAAGAUAACGUCUACGAUAGCGAGGAGGACAUUCAUGACAACGACCACCACCACCAUGAUGAUGACGAUGAUGAUGCCAUUGCCGAUAAUGGUAUAGUUGACAAGGCCAAAGGACGAAACCAACAGCAGCAGCAUGAUAGCGAUGAAAACGAAACAAGCGAGUUUGAAAUCAUCCACGAGAAAAGCCGUGACAAGAGGCCCAAGCGACAUCGGCGAGGAUCUGCGUCGAGUGCUGCGUCUACAUCUGGAUCCUACGAGUAGAAGGGAGAUUUGAGGAAACGGAGUCUUAGAAGUUGAAUUGAGUUUUAUCCCGAUGGGAGAUACCGUUUGUAACUUGGAACGGAAGUCGGACAGUAAUGACGACGACGAUGAUGGUGAAGAAGGCUCUUGUUUAGAUGAGGAGCAGCAGUAACAGUUUUUGUUCAAGCAAGGACCGACAGAAUCCGGAAGUGCCGUUGGAAAGCAUAUUAUUGCCGUCAGAAGUUGCGUCAAGAUGUUCUUUUUGAAGAGAAGCGACCAUUGGGGUAGCUAGGGUUCGUUUUCUGGAAGUAGGUCACCCAAUUCACCCUCUUCUUGGUUUCUACGCCAAUGGAAGCGAACGGCAGUGGGAUGAUGAGUUUUGUGGAUUCGUAGGUUUGUUUCGGAUGUUUCGCUGCUUGCUAAAUAAAUUUGUAUAUCCGUUGAACGAAGCGGAUAGAAUUUGACGACGCUGGAGGGUUGCAUGGCAGCGUGGACGUGCAUUUUAAUUAACACUAGGAUCAAAAACUAUUGGUAAUUUGAAAUGAUGAACCAGACUAAUUAUAGCUUAAUUAAGCGUUGGAAUUGUUUGUAAGAAGAAAAAAUUCAAUAAAAACGAUGUUUAUUACCCGA